AUGUAUGACUAUCGCCCAGGAAUUGCUAGUUCUGACUCGCCGUGUGGGUACGAUAAACAUAGAUUUCGUCAUAGACUCAGAAAAAAGUUCUGGGCCAUCGUUCUGAGUCUUCUAGUCACAUCAAUUCUCGUUGGAACCGUUGCUUGGAUAAUCUGGACCCGGUUGAGUCGCAGCCACUCUUGGAAUGACGAAGGGCCACUGAGAUCUGAAAAUCCUCCAGCAAUUUGUUACAAAUGUAGUAAUUAUUUUCAUAUAAUGGAUGGUCGGGAAGUAUACUCGAACAUCGAUGUGUUAAAAGGUGAAUCUGGUGGAACAGAGAAUAGUGGCUACCGCGGAGUUGCAAGAGAUGUCGAAGAUCCAAGGCAAGAACUCUGCCAAGAAGUUGUGAAUCGAACGGCACUAGCAGAGACCCAGGUACCAUUGGAUGAUGAUUGCGGUGACAGCUUGUACGAUGGGUGUUUUAAAAUGGUCACAAGGAGCUUUCGUUUGGUACCGAAUGUUGGACGAGAAAGGCUCAGCGUUACGAUUGUAUCAAGGAAUUGUGCAGAGAUACCAAAGAAUUUGGCCCUUGGAUGCUACAAAACAUUUGGUGGUUUGGGAAUGGAAAGAGAGCUAUGCUAUUGUGAAGGAACGUAUUGUAAUUCAGAUGUAUCCAUGAAGGGCUCAAUUAUAGAAACUAUAACUUUGUGCAUACUUAUUCAAUUGUUACAUAAUUGA